UCCCGGCCACGCCGCGGCGGCCGCUGCUGCAGCCCAGGCAGCCCGGCCCGGCCCGGCCCGGCCGGCCCGGCCGCCGCCACCCGGAGCCGCCGGCGAGUUUGAGGCGAGCGCGGGGCGCGCGGCGCCGCCUCGAUGUGCCCGGGAGCCGCCUCGGCGCCCCAACCCCGCUGAGCAGCCCCGAGCGCGCAGCGGCCCGCCCGAGAGGGCGAGCGAGAAGGCGCGGCGAGUCCCGGGGAGAGGGGGAGAGCGAGCGAGGAAGAGCGAGCCCGAGAGCGAGCGCAGGGAGCGGACACCAUGCCGGGCUGGAAGAAGAAUAUCCCCAUCUGCUUGCAGGCGGAAGAGCAGGAGAGAGAAAUAGAGGACCAUCUUGAUAAAUGCAUGGGUGAGAAAUGAAGGGGAAAGAGGGACAUGAGAUGAGAGCCCCUACACUAAAUCCGCCAGCCAGACAAAGCCGCCUGAUGGAGCGUUGGCUGUGAGGAGACAGAGCAUCCCAGAGGAAUUCAAGGGCUCCACUGUGGUCGAACUGAUGAAGAAGGAGGGCACCACCCUUGGGCUGACGGUAUCCGGUGGAAUUGACAAGGACGGAAAGCCCAGAGUCUCGAACCUGCGGCAAGGAGGAAUUGCUGCUAGAAGUGAUCAGCUGGAUGUGGGUGACUACAUCAAAGCAGUGAAUGGGAUCAACCUGGCCAAAUUCCGCCACGAUGAGAUCAUCAGCUUGCUGAAGAACGUCGGGGAAAGAGUGGUUCUUGAAGUCGAGUAUGAGCUGCCACCAGUCUCUGUUCAAGGACCGAGUGUUAUUUUCCGAACAGUGGAGGUCACAUUACAUAAAGAAGGCAAUACCUUCGGUUUUGUAAUACGAGGAGGAGCACAUGACGAUAGAAAUAAAUCUCGUCCAGUUGUAAUAACAUGUGUUCGUCCUGGAGGACCUGCUGACAGAGAGGGCACCAUCAAACCUGGCGACAGGUUGCUCAGUGUGGAUGGAAUUCGGCUUCUCGGAACCACACAUGCUGAAGCCAUGAGCAUUCUUAAACAGUGUGGACAAGAAGCAACACUGCUGAUAGAAUAUGAUGUCUCAGUGAUGGAUUCUGUGGCAACAGCGUCCGGGCCACUGCUAGUUGAAGUUGCCAAAACUCCUGGUGCCAGCCUUGGGGUUGCCCUAACUACCUCGAUGUGCUGUAACAAACAGGUCAUUGUCAUAGACAAAAUCAAAUCUGCAAGUAUUGCAGACAGAUGUGGUGCCCUGCACGUGGGAGACCACAUCCUGUCCAUCGACGGAACGAGCAUGGAGUACUGUACGUUAGCAGAGGCCACCCAGUUCCUGGCCAACACCACCGACCAGGUCAAGCUUGAGAUUCUGCCCCAUCAUCAGACCCGCCUGGCCCUGAAGGGACCUGACCAUGUGAAAAUUCAGAGGACCGACAGACAACUUACGUGGGAUUCCUGGGCCAGCAACCACUGCAGCCUUCAUACCUACCAUCACCCUCAUACGAUCCACCCUGACCAUUGCAGAGUGCCAGCCCUGACGGGCCCGAAAGCGCCUCCUCCAAACAGCCCUCCAGCUUUGGUGUCCUCCUUCUCUCCUACCUCCAUGAGUGCAUACAGCCUGAGUUCCCUGAACAUGGGGACUUUACCUCGAAGCCUCUACUCUACUAGCCCUCGUGGAACCAUGAUGAGGAGGAGACUGAAAAAGAAAGACUUCAAAAGCUCACUGUCUUUAGCCUCAAGCACAGUGGGCUUGGCUGGGCAGGUCGUUCACACAGAAACCACAGAAGUUGUGCUGACAGCAGAUCCUGUCACAGGAUUUGGGAUCCAACUGCAGGGCAGUGUGUUUGCCACGGAGACGCUCUCUUCUCCACCUCUGAUUUCCUAUAUUGAAGCUGACAGCCCAGCAGAGAGAUGUGGGGUGCUACAGAUCGGAGACAGAGUGAUGGCCAUUAAUGGGAUUCCAACUGAAGACAGCACCUUUGAGGAAGCCAACCAGCUCCUCCGAGACUCUUCAAUCACAAGCAAGGUCACACUGGAAAUUGAGUUUGAUGUUGCAGAGUCUGUCAUCCCAAGUAGUGGGACAUUUCACGUGAAGCUCCCUAAGAAGCACAGUGUGGAACUUGGAAUAACCAUAAGUUCACCAUCUAGCAGAAAACCAGGAGAUCCUCUUGUCAUAUCAGAUAUCAAGAAAGGAAGCGUGGCACACAGGACUGGCACCCUGGAACUCGGGGAUAAAUUACUUGCAAUAGAUAACAUCCGGCUGGACAACUGUUCAAUGGAGGAUGCAGUUCAGAUCCUCCAGCAGUGUGAAGACCUGGUGAAGCUCAAAAUCCGCAAGGAUGAAGAUAACUCAGAUGAGCAAGAAAGUUCCGGAGCAAUUAUUUACACUGUGGAGCUUAAGCGCUAUGGGGGACCCCUUGGCAUCACAAUUUCAGGAACUGAAGAGCCGUUUGAUCCUAUAAUCAUUUCAAGCCUCACUAAAGGAGGAUUAGCCGAAAGAACUGGCGCGAUCCACAUAGGAGACCGAAUCCUGGCUAUCAAUAGCAGCAGCUUGAAAGGAAAGCCUCUGAGUGAAGCCAUUCAUUUGUUACAGAUGGCAGGAGAGACUGUCACCUUGAAAAUUAAGAAACAGACAGAUGCCCAGUCAGCAUCAAGUCCCAAGAAAUUCCCCAUUGCUAGCCACCUGAGUGACCUGGGAGAUGUGGAGGAGGACCCGUCUGCAGCACAGAAGCCGGGCAAGCUCCCCGACACAUACCCGCCCACUGUGCCCAGCGUGGACAGUGCAGUGGACUCAUGGGACAGCUCUGGAAUAGACGCCAGCUAUGGGAACCAAGGCUCUGGCUUUCAGGCCUCAGGCUACAGCUUCAACACUUACGAGUGGAGGGGUCCAAAGCAGAGAGGCAGCCUGUCCCCAGUCACUAAGCCACGAAGCCAGACUUACCCAGACGUGGGGCUGAGUAAUGAAGACUGGGACCGGUCCACAGUCAGUGGUUUCACAGGGGCUCCCGACAAUUCGGAGGCUGAACAAGAGGAGAACUUCUGGUCCCAAGCACUGGAGGAUUUGGAAACCUGUGGACAGUCGGGAAUUCUGAGAGAACUCGAGGAGAAAGCGGACAGGCGUGUGUCUUUGAGAAACAUGACUCUCUUGGCAACAAUCAUGUCGGGGAGCACGAUGAGUUUGAAUCAUGAGGCCCCAACACCUCGCAGUCAGCUGGGGCGACAGGCCAGCUUCCAGGAACGGAGCAGCUCGCGGCCGCAUUAUAGCCAAACAACUCGGAGCAACACCCUGCCCACAGAUGUGGGCAGAAAGUCUGUCACCCUGAGAAAAAUGAAACAAGAAAUUAAGGAGAUCAUGUCCCCAACUCCUGUGGAGCUGCACAAGGUGACCUUGUACAAGAGCUCUGAUAUGGAAGACUUUGGGUUCAGUGUAGCAGAUGGCUUGCUGGAGAAAGGAGUGUAUGUUAAAAAUAUUCGCCCAGCUGGGCCAGGAGAUCUCGGUGGCUUAAAGCCCUAUGAUAGACUCUUACAGGUUAAUCAUGUCCGAACGAGAGACUUUGACUGCUGCCUUGUUGUGCCCCUCAUAGCAGAAUCUGGUAAUAAGCUGGACUUGGUUAUUAGUAGAAACCCACUGGCUUCACAGAAGUCUAUAGAACAGACUCUACCAGGAGGAGAAUGGAGUGAACAGAACAGUGCUUUUUUCCAACAGCCUAGUCAUGGUGGUAAUUUGGAGAUACGAGAACCCACUAACACAUUAUAGCAAUGCUUUUUAUAAAGCAGGACAAAAGACAAUAUCUACAUGGUGCUAAAAAAUCCCUUUAAGAUUUCUGUGGCAUUUAAAGCACAGAUAUCACGUGGCAUUAACUGCAAGCACAGGGGUCUUUUAAAUCUCUCUCAUGGCUCAUGUUCGCUUCCCCUUUCAGGCUGAAGAGGUUUCUUUCUUGGUGAUGCUAUGGUAUAUGGCCGGCCAUUCGCUGCCGGGCCCAAUGGUAGAGAAAAAGAAAAAUAUAUAGGCCGCCCCUUCCCCCCAAUUAACAUCAGAGGAAAUUUUUUACAAGUGCAUCUUCCAAUCACUUUUUAAAAAGAGAGAUGUCUGUUUGAAAAUAUUCUCUAUGACAAUUUCCUUAAUUCACUUUGAAAUCAGUUUCUUACUAUGAAGUCGUCAGCGUUAAGAACUUGACCAACAAGGCUUGUCACAAAGCUGGCUCUCCUAGGGGAAAUGGGAGUUUGAGACGUGGCUGGGACUGCUGCCAUGGGAGGGGUCCAGGUGUAACAUUAUUCUCUUAAAACGUUUCAGCGAUGAUGCACGUAGGAGACCAUAAUAGGUGGUGGUAAAUGUUUUGCCCCGAUAUAGGAAUGAUUUUAACUAAGAUGUAUGCUAUUCCCUAUGCAACAAAUUAACAAACAGGAUAUGUCUUGUGACCUGUUUUUUUUUUUAAGGACACACUUUUAAUAGCUGCAAAUCUCUGAUAAUGAAUUAGAGUGCUUAGUAACACUGAGAAUUAGUUAUUUUUAAAAUUCAAGACUGAGAAUUUAAGAGAGAAUGAAGUCUAUUAAAAUGAGGUUUAUCUUAAUGAUAGGCAAAUCAAACUCAUCUUGCUUGCCAUGUUUUGAAAACUGGUUAUAGAGGGGUGUACAGCACAUGUACCUUAAGAUGACACUGGACUAUCUUUUGUUCUGAGCCAUGCUACUUUACUGAAAUUGUAAAUACAUUUUUCACAAAAUGCAUUGCCAAUUAUUACCAUCCCUCAAAGCAAUAAACUGUGACAGUUGCUUCUAAGAUGUUUGUCAGCAACUGUUCUCAUUUGUUCAGAUCUUUUGAAUAGUUACGCUAAUAACUGUUAUUUGGUGAAUAUUUAAAAAAAUAGAUCUGUAUAUUAAUUGUAGAAUCUCCAUAUUGAAAUGAUUAUUUUCCAAACAUUUUCAUUUUGGUCAAUGGAUUCCAACAACUGCUUAGGUAAAGCAUUUGAACACUGUGUCCUUUGUUUAAGGAAAAAGCUCACCUUUCUUUUUGUGCAGAGAAAUAUAUUAUUUCAAUCAUAUUUCACAACCCGCCAGGGCAAGAGAGUAUAAAGCAGAAUCAUGUUAAAAGAAAAAAAAGAUCAUGAGUCACUUAAAUAUGUAUUUUUAUUUGUAACAAACAAGUAUUAAGCUGUAAAGUAUUUUUGUACAAAUUUAAUACUUUAAUAGCAUGGUAUUUAUCGUCUAUGUAUGGUUUUGGGGAAUUCAAAAUUGUUGCAAAUAUUUGUAUGGAAAAAAAAAACCCCUACCAAAUGGAAUAAACAGUGAUUUUAAAAA